AUGCCAUCCGAGGUCGCGCGCCAACUGCGACUCAUCCUCGAGAACUCUCCCCAAUCAUGCACUGAAGACGAACUAUACGCGUUAGUCGACAACUUUGUGCACCGAUGGUCGACGGCGGAAGAGCCCGAGCAGCUCCUGUCCGCGUUCGAGGACGAGCUGCAGGCGAUCCACCGCGACGCCGUGAAUCACGACUCUUAUGUGCACGCUGGCUUGGUGCUCGGUGUGCUGGGACAUUUGGCGCCUGCGCUGCCGGCUACGGCGAUCAUCGAGGCUUGGUGGGAUCUCGUGCUUCGGCCGGCGCUGCGAGAGCCGAGGCUAUCGCGCGUUGCGCUCGCGCACGCCAAGGACCUCACGCUCAUUGCACUCGAACGGCCAUGUGACGAUGACAGGCAGACGAACUUUCAGAGACGCGUACUGGACUUGUACCUGCUCGAUGCGUUCAACGAGGGCUCGGGAGACGAUAUCAUCGAAUGGGCGGAGUUACCGGAGGAGGACCGACAUCGCCGACACACUUGGAAGGCAAACUUGGAGGAUGUGCUAGUGCGCUAUGGUUUGCGCCAACCAGAGGCACUAUUCACGCAUAUUAACGACUGCUUCCAAGUUCCCGAGCACAGACUUCAAAUACUCGGCUUCCUCAACCGAUUCACUAACGAAAAAGCCGUCGAAGAACAUAUCAAUACCCUGGCGGAACAUGCUCUGAUCUCUAGCAUCCUAACUUCACUCCUCGUCGACAACUCUACGACUGUAUGCACCUUCUCGCUCACACUAUUGGCGAAACUCCUCCCUCUGUUCGCCGUUCACUCUUGUGUUACGCUCAAGUCAAAUCUCCCUCGCCUAUUCGCUAUCCUCUCGCGCAUCGUAUGCUGGAAAGAGCGCACCGGUGACCACACAGCCGAAGUCGAAGUUCAAGACGGCGAUGAGACUGAUGGGACGAUUCCCGGCCCGGUCGAGGGGAGCCGCGCGCUCGACACGAACCCCGAUCUUGAUUGGAACCGACUCGAGCUAUCUUUCACUGCACCAUCUUCUGCACCUCCACCACAUCGCUACUUCGCCAUCCUGUACUAUCUGUUUCCAUGCAAUCUACUCCAGUUCUUGCGGCAACCUGCAAACUAUCUCGUCGACCGUGGUAUUGAGAGUCCGUACGCUGUGGAAUGGGAAGAGGCCCUCGAUCACGAUCAGAUCAAGACCAAGUGCGAGGUACUUCUUCUGCAACAUGUCACGCACCCGCAGAUCAUCUGGCGCAAUGCGGCAGUCGAGAUGGACGAGGCACCCUUCUUCGAAGGCUACGACGUAGCGCGCAUCGUUGCCGAAUGCCAAACACUGGGCCUACGUAACACACCUCUCGCUCCGCCUCCACCCGCUUCUGAGCCCGUGGCCACGGACAUCGAAGAGCUUGCAGCCGGCGUCGCCGACCCUCCACAUCACAAGUACAAGCUCUCUCUGCAGAACAUGCUCGAUACUACUAUCGCUUUACGCUCAGACUACGACAUCGAACUCGUGGAUGCAACACCCGUAUGGCCGUACCAAAUGUUCCAGACGGAGGCGACGGCAACAUCACCUGGUUCGGCGCGCGCGUCAGUAUACUCCCAGUCCCGCGCCGUUUCACCAGAACGAGAGCGAACGCGGGAGGAUGUGCCAGGGCAUCUCGCGCAUGCUAUUUCGUCGUUGCAACGUGAGAUCCUGCUGUUGCGCAAUGAGUUGAACUUCGAGAGUUGGCUGUCGCGCGAGAACGUCAAGCAGAUCACGACGUUGUAUGAACAUCGCAUUAUCAGUCGACAUGCCGAGGCUGAGCGGCAGGGCUUGCACAACAAACUACGCGAGUACAAGGCGCGCGCAACACGACUCGAGAGGCUGCUUAAGGACGAGAAAGAGCAGAGCGAGCGCACGAAGAGCAAGUACGCAGAUUGGAACAACGGUCUGCAGACUAAGCUGCACACGUUGCGUGAGGGGAAGAAGGCGUGGAAAAUGGAGACGGCCGCGUUACGGCAGGCCGAGAAGGAUCUUCGCGCGAACUUCUCUGCGCAGGGCAAGCUUCUGGCGCAGGCGGAGAACAAGGUGUUUCAUCUCGAGACGGCGCGCAAGGAAACCCAGCACAAGAUUGAUCGCCUGCGGGACUAUGAGCGGCAGAUCGAGCAGCUCACUGCGACGCAGAAGCUUUGGGACUCUGACGUGCAAAGGCAUAAGGAGAUGAAGGAGAUCAUGCGCGGUGUGCUCAGCAAGCACCAAAAGCUGGUUCUGCGCGUCGAGAACUACCAAUAUCAGUUCGCGCAAAUGGAAGAGCAGGCAAAGACAUACCGACGCACAAUAUCCUCGCUUGAAGCCAAACUUGCAUUCACCCGGAUGCAACAUCAAAACGUGCGGCGUGAUUCGGAGCCGCGAAGGCACCUCGAAGCGCAAGUCGAGAUGUCUCGCUACAGUGCCGACAUCAUACGUCUACGCGAGAAGAACUCUGAACUGGAAGAGCAGGUCGAUGAGCUCACGUCUAUGGUCGAGAUCUUGCGGUCGCAGAUGGGCGGGCGGCGACGCAACGCGCUCGAUCUCUCUUCCGCCCACCAUCUACUCCAGUUAUACCCUCUAAAAAUCUACAAGAUGUCCGCCGAAUCUGAGAGCUUUGGCUUCCAGGCCGAGAUCUCCCAGCUUCUCGACCUUAUCAUCAACACUUUCUACUCGAACAAGGAGAUCUUCCUUCGCGAGAUCAUCUCCAACGGCUCCGAUGCGCUCGACAAGAUCCGCUACCAGUCUCUGACUGACCCCACCGCGCUCGACUCUGAGAAGGAGCUGUACAUCCGCAUCACGCCCGACAAGGAGGCGAAGACGCUCUCCAUCCGCGACACCGGUAUCGGCAUGACCAAGGCCGACAUGGUCAACAACCUCGGUACGAUCGCAAAGUCCGGCACAAAGGGCUUCAUGGAGGCGCUCAGCUCUGGUGCCGACAUCUCUAUGAUCGGCCAGUUCGGUGUCGGUUUCUACUCUGCAUACCUCGUCGCCGAGCGCGUUCAGGUUAUCUCGAAGCACAACGACGACGAGCAGUACAUCUGGGAGUCUGCCGCCGGCGGUACCUUCACCAUCACGCCCGACACCGUCAACCCGCCCAUCGGCCGCGGUACCGAGGUUCGUCUCUACCUCAAGGAGGACCAGCUCGAGUACCUCGAGGAGAAGCGCAUCAAGGAUAUCGUCAAGAAGCACUCUGAGUUCAUCUCCUACCCUAUCCAGCUCGUCGUGACCAAGGAGGUCGAGAAGGAGGUUGAGGACGAGGAGGAGGCCGAGGAGAAGGAGGAUGCCAAGAUUGAGGAGGUCGACGAGGACGAGGACAAGAAGAAGAAGACGAAGAAGGAGAAGGUCACCGAGAAGUCCAACGAGGAGCUCAACAAGACCAAGCCCAUCUGGACGCGCAACCCCUCCGACAUCAGCCAGGAGGAGUACGGCGCCUUCUACAAGUCGCUCACCAACGACUGGGAGGACCAUCUCGCCGUCAAGCACUUCUCCGUUGAGGGUCAGCUCGAGUUCAAGGCUAUCCUUUACGUCCCGAAGCGCGCGCCCUUCGACCUCUUCGAGCAGAAGAAGAAGCGUAACAACAUCAAGCUCUACGUCCGCCGCGUCUUCAUCAUGGACGACUGCGAGGAGAUCAUUCCCGAGUACCUCAACUUCGUCAAGGGCAUCGUCGACUCCGAGGACCUGCCGCUGAACAUCUCCCGCGAGACGCUCCAGCAGAACAAGAUCCUCAAGGUCAUCCGCAAGCACGUCGUCAAGAAGUGCAUGGACCUCUUCUCCGAGAUCGCCGAGGACAAGGACAACUUCCAGAAGUUCUGGGAGGCGUUCGGCAAGAACAUCAAGCUCGGUAUCCACGAGGACGCGCAGAACCGCUCCAAGCUCGCCGAGUUCCUCCGCUUCCACUCGACCAAGUCCGGCGAUGAGCUCACUUCGCUCAAGGACUACAUCACGCGCAUGCCCGAGGUCCAGAAGAACAUCUACUACCUCACCGGCGAGUCGCUUGCCGCCGUCCGCGACUCUCCCUUCCUUGAGGUCCUCAAGAAGAAGGGCUUCGAGGUCCUCCUCCUCGUCGACCCCAUCGACGAGUACGCCGUCACUCAGCUCAAGGAGUUCGAGGGCAAAACGCUCGCGUCUGUGUCCAAGGAGGGUCUUGAGCUCGAGGAGACCGAGGAGGAGAAGAAGGCGCGCGAGGAGGAGGCCAAGUCGUUCGAGGAUCUCUGCAAGAUCAUCAAGGAGGCGCUCGGCGAGAAGGUUGAGAAGGUCGUCGUCUCGAACCGUAUCGCCGACUCUCCCUGCGUGCUCGUCACCGGCCAGUUCGGUUGGUCGUCCAACAUGGAGCGCAUCAUGAAGGCGCAGGCGCUCCGCGACUCUUCGAUGUCGUCGUACAUGGCGUCGAAGAAGACGCUCGAGCUCAACCCGACGCACCCGAUCAUCAAGGAGCUCCGCAAGAAGGUCGGCGAGGACAAGGCUGACAAGUCCGUCCGCGAUCUCACGUACUUGCUGUACGAGACUGCCCUGCUCACCUCUGGCUUCACGCUCGAGGAGCCCACGUCGUUCGCCAAGCGCAUCUACCGCAUGAUCUCGCUCGGUCUCGACGUCGACGAGGACGAGGAGCCCGCAGCGGCCGCUGAGGAGGACGACGACUUGCCGCCGCCGCUCGAGGGCGCCGGUGCGUCUGCGAUGGAGGAGAUCGACUAA